UGUGUUUUAAAUGCAAAAGAUGAUAAUUGUAACAUUUUUAAGAUUUAAGGGGGUUUAACUCUGUUCCGCUUUAAGCUUUGUAAAGGCGUAAAGAUGGAGGACUGCACCACCUCAGAUGAAGGUGCAUCAGGUUCACUGGGACACCCAGUCACCCUUGUGGACCAAAAGGAUGGAGGUUUUCAGACAAACCUCAGUGACGCUGUGAAGGAGGAGCAAGUGGAGUUGAGUGGCUCCUAUCAUGGAGACGACCUCCUCACCAGUCUGAAAAUUAUCUGUGUUAAAGAAGAAGAACCUGAAGAUGACGAGAACCUCUACUGUGAGGAAUGCAGGUCAUUCUUCAUCAACAGUUGUGAGGUUCACGGUCCUCCUCUCUUUAUCCCUGAUACCGCUGUACCCACAGGGGUGUCUAACCGACCCAUACUAACCCUUCCGCCUGGGCUAGAGGUUCGGGAGUCGGGCAUUCCUGAAGCCGGUCUGGGUGUGUUUAAUAGCGGGGAGAGUGUUCCAGUUGGUGCUCACUUUGGACCCUACCAGGGAGAGCUGGUAGAUCUGGAGGAAGCCAUGAACAGCGAGUACUCCUGGGUGAUCUACAAGAGCGGGCAGGAUGAAGUAUAUAUAGAUGGCAAGAGAGAGACAAAUGCCAACUGGAUGAGGUUUGUGAAUUGUGCUCGUAAUGAUGAAGAACAGAACCUGGUGGCAUUUCAGUAUCGAGGGGGAAUUUUCUACCGUUGCUGUCGACCCAUCAGAGCAGGACAGGAGCUCUUGGUGUGGUACAGUGAGGACUAUGCUAAAGAUCUCAGCAGUGUGUUCGACUGUCUCUGGAACAAAAAGUGCUCCUCAAACGGAAUGACUGAUGACUUGUUGCAGGUCUUUUCUUGGCCUCUGUGUCCAACUUCCCAAUUUUUUUUGAACAAGCAGACAUGCCUUCAGGAGAGAACUCUGCUACCCUCAACCUACUCCACUAGUGACCAAGUGUCCCCUGGUGCACUGGACAUGAACUCCUUUCGUCAUCGCUGCACAGAAUGCGGGAAAAGUUUUACUCGCAAGAAUAAUCUCCACCGUCACCUGCGCAUUCACUCUGGAGAGAAACCCUACCAGUGCUCACAGUGUGGACAGAGUUUUAGGGAAAGGCGGAAUCUCCAGAGCCACCAGAGCAUCCACACGGGAGAGAAACCGUUUCAGUGUUCUCAGUGUGGCAAGAGUUUCUCCUACAAGAGUCACCUCCAAGACCAUCAGCUCAUUCACACCGGGGAGAAGCCGUAUCAGUGCUCGCAAUGUGGAAAGUGUUUUUCACACCUGAGUAAUCUCUUAAAACAUCAGAGCAUUCACACAGGAGAGAAACCGUACUGCUGCCCUCAGUGUGGAAAGUGUUUUUCCCACCAGGGUAAUCUCCAAAAACAUCAGCGUGUUCACACAGGGGAGAAGCCCUACCAGUGCUCGGAGUGUGGAAAAAGCUUUACACGCUACGAUUCUCUCCUACAGCACCAGCGCAUUCACACCGGUGAAAAACCUUACCAGUGCUCACACUGCGGAAAGACCUUCACUCAGCAGAAUACUCUUCAACAACACGAGCGCAUUCACACCGGAGAGAAACCGUAUCAGUGCCUGCUCUGUGGAAAGAGAUUUACUCACCAGAGUACUCUUGGAAAACACCAACUGGUUCACACUGGAGAGAAACCGCACCAGUGCUCACAGUGUAAGAAGAGUUUUAGUCGACAGAGUCAUCUCCAGAUGCACCAGCGCAUUCACACUAGAGAGAGCAAUAAUGCUAACAAUAUGGAAAAGGCUUCAAUCAACCAAGAACUUCAAAGUGAUAUGAGUGCGCCAACACAGCCAUUAGCUCAAAGUCUUGUAGAGCCAGACCUAACCAGGUAAUCUUUAACCUGGUUAUUUCAGGGGAAAGUCUUUGUGAAAGUUGGCUAUAAACAGCACAGCUAUGACUACAGACUUUCUAAAACCCAUUCCUGUUUAACACUAAAAAAGGAAUCAUAACACGAUAGAGGUCUAACAUGCUAACACACUAUUGCUGAGAACUCGAACUCAGACAUAAUUGGCUGUGUCUGAAGGAGGGUAGGUCAGAGGGAUUCCUUAUAAUUGCUGCAAUUUCAGCCUCUGCUGUCUGGUUGAGGUGCUGCACAUAGAUGGUGAAUAAUGGAGAGCAGUGUGUGAUUCUCCGUACGCGAUACUGAUUCCUGUGUGAACCCGUCUUGUGCACAUGUGUCUGGUGUAUGUUAGGUACAGUCCUGCUUAGUCAGUGUCUGCAACCAUAAAGGAGAUACAGCUGGGGAAUUGUUUGCAACUAGAUAGGGAGAAAAAAGGCAAAAAUGCAUAAAUAUUUGCAUAAACAUCUGCUUACCAUUUGA